AUGGUGCAAUCACAGGUAUGGCUCAUAACCGGCGCCUCACGGGGUCUGGGACUCGAGAUCACCAAGGCUGCCCUCAAGGCGGGCCAUACGCUUGAUGUGGCCGGCACCGACGUCGAGUCUCAAAUUCGAUCCGCCGUAACCAAGCACGGCAAGAUUGACGUGCUGGUUAAUAACGCCGCAUACGCUGUUCUGGGCAGCAUUGAGAACACGAGGCAAGUUAGAAGCAUAGGCUUUGUCGAUGCCAUCUUCAAGACCAAUGUCCUUGGCUGCCUACGAACUAUCCAGGCAGUGCUGCCUUCAAUGCGGCAACGUAAGGCGGGAACCAUUGUGCACAUCAGUAGCAGCGAGUUCGUCGGGCCAACGCCUGCUCUGGGUGUCUAUUCGGCAACCAAAUUCGCCAUGGAGGAAGUCGCAUCGUUCAACAUCCGCACUCUAGUCAUGGUACCGGGAGGCAUACGCACAGGGUUUUCUGACCCAUCUGGCACCGGCGUCGAGGUGCCCCUUGACGAUGCAUACAAGGGCACCGCUGUCGAGUGGGUGACGCAGGCCGCCAAGUCGCCGCAGUUCAACGCCGACUUUUCAGACCCGGUCGAGGUCGCGCAGCGUAUUGUCGACGCGGUCGACGGCACGGGGAUCAUGAAGGGCAGGGAGUUGGGUCGCCGGGUGCCACUCGGGAAGGACACCGCCCAGCACGUGGAGAAGAGGGCCCAGGAGUAUGCGGACAUGGCAAAGAACCUGAAGGAUAUUGCCGAGAGCGUGUGA